UCUCGCCCAACCUGAUUCGAACCAACCAACUGGAGGCACCAGCCCACUAGGUUCAUUCCUUACCCCUUCGACCCCCUCCCUCCCUCUUUCAUUUCCGUCGUCCUCCCGAGGCGCCGUUAUCGCAGGUCGGCGUCUCUGGUUCCUGUGGAGGCGUUCGAGGGUUUUUGUGAGGUUUUUGAUCUGUGGGGUUUAGGGCUCUCUUGAGGUUCCGCUUCUAAAGAGUUUAGGGUUGGUGCCGUCGGAUCGAAGAUGCAGAACGAUGAGGUCAUAUGGCAUAUCAUUCGUCACAAGCACUGUAGCUUCAUGGCCAAAACGACUACGCAGAAUUUCUGCAGGAAUCAGUAUAAUGUCACCGGUCUCUGCAACCGGAGCUCUUGCCCUCUCGCCAAUAGUCGCUAUGCCACAAUCCUCGAGCACGACGGAAUCCUGUACUUGUACAUGAAAACGAUUGAGAGAGCGCACAUGCCAAACAAAUUGUGGGAGAGGGUGAAACUACCCAGAAACUAUGAGAAAGCACUUGAAACCAUCGAUAAACAUCUGCAAUUCUGGCCUAAGUUUCUUGUGCAUAAAAAUAAGCAACGACUCACAAAGUUAACACAAUAUCUUAUUCGUCGGAGGAAGCUUGCACUUAAAGUGAGGGAAAAGAUAAUGACAAUGCCUACAAAACAGAAAAAGAGGGAGGCUAGAAGAGAGGCAAAAGCUGAAAUUGCUGCAGUUUUGGACAAGGCAAUUGAAAAAGAACUGCUGCAACGUAUAAAGAGUGGAACAUAUGGUGAUAUAUACAAUUACCCUGUCAAAGAAUAUGAAAAGGUUCUUGAAAUGGAAGAAUUGCAGGCUGCUGAUGAUGCUGAUGAAGACGCUGCUGAGAAGGAUGACAUAGAAUAUGUUGAGGCUGAUAUAGAUGAACUAGAAGAUAUGGAAGACUUUGAAAGCACACCAUGGAAUGAUGAAGACAUGGAAAAUGAAAAUGCUGCUGGUGAGACUGAUGAAGAUGAUGCUGAAAUGGUUUCUGAUGAUGAAACACAUACAAAGAGAUUGCGUAAAGACUCAGGCGUUGAUUCAAAGAAGGCUCAGACAGGCGAUGGAAAAUGGAAAAUCAAAAGAAAGUCGAAAGUACAUGUUGAGGUGGAGUAUGAAGGAGACGCUGAAGGCCAAAAGCAAACGGUCCAGCUCUGAGGUAAUGGAAGAAUGCAGUUUUGAAGAUUUUGGCUGCAGCAUGCACGUUUUGUUAGGUCUGUGCAUCUUGUGGGGUGCAACGGCAAAGGCUAGUGCGACCAUGUAUGGCCAGAGUUCUUUGGCGAGAAGAAUGUGCCUGCUAGAUACUUGAGGCCAUCUAGAGCAUUUUAUGUUAAGGGAAAUUAAUGAGAAAAGGUUGAGUUUCUUGCUAUCUC